GAUUAAUUUGCUGAACUUCAAAGCAAGCGACGGGGAGGUACGGAUUUGGCGUGAACGAAGGUUGAGGGAAGUGAGGUUGACGGGUGGAGUAGGCUCGGGUUGCUAGGCUUGUUCUGUGAGUUGAAGUGGAAAUCGACACAGGAAAGGAGGCGAAAAGGAGUUGAAGUCGGACUCUGCAACUGAGAGGGAAAACGGACGGGAGUUCUUGUGUGGACGGGCUUCGGCAAAGUGACAGAGGGAAGUUGGAGGAGAAGUUGCGAAUAAUAGAGGGAUGGCUUUUGAUUCGUAAGUGCAGAAGGUGGAGACGAACGAAGAACCCCAAACAAAGCUUCUUUUGAGUCAUUUUAACCAUGGAACUUCAUUCAUCAGGGAGUGAAUUAUUUUGCGGGAUAUACGGACUGUGCCGACGUCGCUCAGCAGGGAUAUUUCAGCCUAAUUCACGGGAUUUAGGCACAGUUUCGAGAGGCGAUACGAGAAUCACUCAUCUUCCAGGCUUCAAUGGCACCCUUCCCUUCUAUCUUGAAACAGACUAUGUGACCGUGGAUGCAGAGAGUGGUGCAGAACUUUUCUACUACUUUGUAGAGUCUGAGAGGAGUCCCAGUGACGAUCCGCUUGUCCUUUGGCUUGUUGGUGGACCUUAUUGCUCUGGUUUCGCUGGCUUGGCCUUAGAGAUUGGACCUCUCAAGUUUAAUGUUAAAGCAUAUGAUGGUAAAUUGCCUACUUUAUUAUCCAAUCCUUAUUCCUGGACAAAGAUUUCCAGCAUCAUCUUUUUGGAUUGGCCUGUCGGGACAGGAUUCUCAUUCUCAACAAGUAUGACGGAUUAUAUCACUGAUGAAGUACUAUCCACAAAACAAAUCUAUGAAUUUCUUAUGAAGUGGUUGCUUGGUCAUCCGAGUUUUCAGUCAAAUCAUUUUUAUGUUGGUGGUGAUUCAUAUGGAGGGAAGAUGACCCCUUUGCUUGCUCAACUGAUAGUAAAAAGUAAUGAAGAUGUUCAACAACCUUUUGUUAAUCUAAAGGGUUAUUUAGUAGGAAACCCUGUAACAGGUGAAAGGAUCGACAUAAGCUCGCAAGUUCCUCAUGCUCAUGGAUUGGGAAUAAUUUCAGAUGAACUUUUCAAGUUUCUUUCAGAGAUCAACAUAUAUAAUAUAUUGGAGCCUAAAUGUGCUGAUGAACCUCUAGAACCAAAAGAAUUGUAUGAAGCUAGCAAGUCAAUUAAAGGAAAGUCUUUGGAAUUUCAUUGUUCAUCAUCUGUUCUAUAUAUUGAUUGUUCAAAUGCGGUUCUUCUUUCCUAUUAUUGGUCAAAUGAUGAUCUCACUAAAGAAGCCCUUAACAUUAAGAAGGGAACCGUGGAAGAAUGGCAUCGUUGCAGGGAAGACUUAAAUAAUUACACAUAUAACAUACCAAGUUCUGAACCUUAUCAUCUCAAUCUGACAAGUAGAGGAUAUCGAGCUCUAGUUUAUAGCGGAGAUCAUGAUCUCGAUGUACCAUUCAUAAGCACAUUGGAGUGGAUAAGAUCCCUCAAUUACUCUAUCAUUGAUGAUUGGCGUUCAUGGUAUGCAGUCGGCCAAGUUGCAGGGUACACUAUGCUGUUCUCAAACAAUCUGACAUUUGCAACUGUGAAGGGUGGAAGUCAUACAGCUCCAGAUAAUAGGCCUUUGCAAUGCUUCGUUAUGUUUGAGAGCUGGAUUUCUCAUAAUGUUCUAUGAUUAAUCUGACUUGAACAAACUAAAAUGGGGCUUAUUUUUAAUCUUUUGAAACUGAGAGAUAUUAAAGACCGGAUAUGCAGAAGUUAGCAAACUUUUUUUAUAAGGAUAUUUAUUAUAUUAUCUUAUUUAAAUGAUGAUCACAUCAGAUUAAUAAUA